CCCACAAGUCUAUAUUGACUGCGAAGGUUAGAACUCAUGCUGCAUUGGGCUGCCAGUAUUCACUAUAAUGUCCUCUCUCCUACGAUUCAGUUUGAGUUCAUUCGUUCGCCGGGCAGCCAGGGCAGGCACCCGACCACAUAUAACUCAAAGGACAUCACAGAUUCCGCCGGCGUUCGCCACAUCAUGCAAACGUUGGGCUACUUCUACCACCCCACACUCGACCGCAUCAGAUCCUGGAGAGGUCGAAGCCCUCGACUGCCUGGAACAGGGCACACUAAAAUUAGAAGAAGGCGAUGUACAAGCCGCCAAGGCCCUCUAUCAACGCAGCGUUGACAUCAAGAAAACCGCCAGCUCACUAUUCAACCUGGGUGUAACUCAUUACCAUCUCAAGGAAUUUGACCAAGCAAUAAACGCUUGGAAAGAGUCCAUAGCGCUCCAGCCGUCCAGCCCUGAUGCUCAUACCAACUUAGCGAGUGCGUACAUUAUUUCUCCUGUCAGUCGUCCCGACCUGGCGUUACAUCAUUUGCAAAUUGCGGCUUCAUUGGCACCCGAAGAUCCGGAGAUUGCGUUCAACCUAGCCGCCGUUCUUGAAGCAUGUGGGCGUUUAGAAGAUGCUUUGGUGCAGUACAAGCGCAGCAAGGACUUCGGGGUCGACCGUGCCGCAAUGCACAUUCGCAAUGUUAGCGCAAAGAUUCUCGGACAGAAGCUUGCAGCUGCGGAAAAGGAAGGCAAACUUCAAUCCUAACCAAUGGGCCUGUCAUGCACUGCGUCAUAUUCGACGUUCGGCCUCUUUCACUUCAUGGCCCUCCUUUUUACACGUCACAGAGCCUUCCGAGACGCGUCAGUCGUUCACAUGCUGCUGUGAGUACAUCCCGCGAUUUUGUCCUUGUCGUGAUACGGUUGAUUGGAAUGGCGCUGGUCUUCUGUGAUUCCUGAGUAUCUUUACACCUUACUAGUCUCUCAUUACUCUUGGAAUGCUCUCAGGGUCAAUGUAUCGUUCCCGUAGCAAUCGUAAUAAUCUCGUCAAGAUCACCCUGCAAUUAUACUUUACAACCAUACGUAACAGAGGAGAAUCAU